AUGACGACGGAGGCCAAGAGGACGGUUCCCGUCCCAGUGGAAAAGGCUCUCAAGGUGUUUUUCAGCUUUAUCAGCUCCGUUCGUCAAGACCUCGUCUCGGUCCCGGUGGAUGUACAGUCGUCCAGUGAUUUCAAGGCAAAGACCCGUGAAAACAAGUCGAAAAUGUUGGAACAGCUCAAGACUUUAGCAGGCAUGUUGUCCAAGCACAUGGAUCUGGAAAAGCCCGAAAACUAUCGAGAACAAGAGCUCGUUGAAAAUGUAAAUUCUGCUGCAGGCGACUUCAGCCAGGACUAUGCCGCCGCACAAACUCGAUGGGUAGAUCUUCUCUUGGAUAAGACCUCGGAGACCCUUGAUUCUAUUCAUCAUGUGAACCUGGAAAAGCUUACCAAGCUCAUGGAGAAGAAUGACUCGGCGGGAUGCAUCAUGGAGGGAAAAGACGUUAUUCUGCUUCUGGGGUCUCCAGGAUCGGGCAAAACAACCGCACUGCAUUAUCUAGCCAAAUCGACCUUUCGAGAAAUCGCCGUAGCAGAUGCAAAAUUCUUCAAACCAAUGAAACUGGGGGAUCCAGAUCUCACUGAAAUGAGGGUAUCCUGCGGUGGCGGCAAGGAAGUCAUUACCCGACAUUUGCAGGUUGUGACGGUCAAACUGGAUGGCAAACCCAUCGUAUUGUGUGAUACCCCCAGUUUUGGGGAUCACGAGACCAUUGAAGAAGUCAUUGCAAAUAGUUUGGGACUUGUUCGCGCCGUGCAAAAGGCAAGAUCGGUACGACCCGUCCUGGUACUCAGUUGCGAUGAACUCGGGUUCCGUGAUCGAUUCAAUGCCUAUCCCCAAAUAUUGUCCAUCUUGACGCGGCUGUUGGGAACAGACUCCAACGUGGAUUUGGAACCCUUCAGCUUUAUAUUUACAAAGUAUGAUGCCAGCUGUAUUAGCGGCCUUCGAAAACAGUUCUCUUUGUUUUUGAAGGAAGGCGAAGAAGAAGCCACCUGGGGAGGAAAGGCGGAUCAAAACAAGCAGGCACUGAUCAAACAUCUCAUCAAGCGUUCCUGUCCCGAAACGAAUACUGUUAUUCCCACACGAGGAGACCCUGAAGUUGUCUUGAGGAAACUCAUGGGUGCAGAAUCAUUUGUUUCCAACCCCGAGACGUUCUUCGUCCCCAAUCUUUCCGAUACACUCUUGUCGACUUUGAAAAAGCAACUCAAGUUUACGUUGGUAGACCUUCGCGAGGCUCUCUCCAGGAAUGACAAUACUACUGGAAUUCACAGGAUGCAACAGAUGAGUAAGCUAGCAAACUUGCUCCCUGAAGCUGGAAUUUACGCACGCCAUGGAUUUAAGGCGUUCAAGGAGAUUAUCAACCAAAUGGUCGAAGACGAUGACGACGAAGACUGCGAAGAAGAAGACUCAGACGGAAACGAGUCCAGUGGCUCUGAAGGGCUACUCCCACCAGACUUGGCCGACUCGAGUAAAGGAUCAUGGACAUCCAGCGAGUCGGAACAACGAAGCAACGUAUCGUCCAGGCUGGUCAAAAGCCCUAGCCAAGAGUAUUUGGUUUCCCGUCAUUUGUCUACAGUCCCAGAAGAGGCAGAGGAUGCGGAUAAUCAGAGUUCCAUGAGCGAGAAGAAAAUCAAGAACGACAAGAAAAUCAACAACGACGAAACCUCACAAUCCUCACAAACUUCGCGGAAGAGUCAAGAGUCCGGAGACCGAUCACGCUCUGGACCUUCCAAGGCUCUCCGUGAGCUCGCUGCAAAAUGUGGGGAGAUGUCUCCUCAGGAGCUAGAAGACAAGGAGGACAACUUGAUUGUUGGGAUUCAUCCAAUGUCCCCAAAUUACUCCCAAGCCCCCCCUUACACUUCCCACGUUUCCCCCAUCGUUUCCCACGCUUCCCCCAUCGCUUCCAGUGUUUCCCCUCCUUCGUCAAAUGAGAGUGAACUGGCCGACGAUCGCGAUGACGAGGAAGAGCUCUCACAGGAUCAAAUCGACCUUCCAGAAGAAGAUCAAGCCUAUGCCGAACAGUACAGUACACUGCUCAAGGAGAUGACCAUAAAAGCAGUGGAAGAAGAAGACUACGUGCUGGCCGUACAACGAAUGCAAGAAUUCAUGAGAUUGGCACGAUCCAGUCCGGAGCACACUCGAGAUCAUCCGGAUUUUAAGCGGUGCGUGGAGCUGUUUUUGGUCUUUUCCGUGGCACUGAAAGAGUGUGAUUAUCGCAAGUGCCUGCAACAGAUGAAUGCCUUGAUUGCAAUGUCCGAAGGUGGAAACGUGGAAGCUCAAAAGUGCACGGAAUGCGGGGUGAAUGCUGCAAUCAAACACAUUAUCGAGCUCCGCGAGCGAGUGAUUGAAGUGACAGCUCAGCUCCAUUGUAUUGCGGACCCGGAUGAGUUCGAUCAAGUAGCGGAAGAACUUCGAACUCUUCGAGGAAAGGUGGAGAACUCCAAUGUGCUAAUGGAAACUUGCAUGCGAGGAAGCAACGACAAGGGGAAGUCAGAGACUGUGCUUGCUUGCAUUUCAUACGGAUUCAAAGUUGGUCGGCUAACCAGGUAG